UUUCUAUUCACCUAAUCAUGUCGAUACAAUUGACCCUGUUUGCUUUGCUCGUCAGCAUACCCAGCGCCCGAGCAACAGGUUGGGACGACUUCACCGAUGAUCUGGCAACAGAUUUGGCACCUCUGAUAUCCCUAUUCGGCGAUCGACUGAGCAAACAAUACCUCUCCGAGUCAAUCAGCAUCCUAGACAACUUCAUAUUCGCCGUUUCGCCUCUAGGCAUUCUCACAGCUGUCAUCUCCGCUAUUCGUAUCUGCGGGAACGCCUCGCUAAGGGCGUUCGUGGGUCGAGCCCAGGAAGGUCCCGGAGAAGCAGAGAAUGAACUGUUGUCCUGUGUCUCCGAGACCACUGCAGAACUUUUCAACCACGGGGGCAUAUCGAGAGUCCUUGGGCGACCUCGAAUAUUAGAGAUCAUUGUAUGGGAGGAGAUAGAUCCUCAGACCCAGCAACGCUCGUACAAAAUCGCGACUCUGCGGGACGCGCUUCAGACCGGUGCCUGGGUGGCCGGAGAAGGCCAAUGGAUUCUCGAUGGGAAAGAGUACUUCGUCGAGCUCGACAUAGCCAAUCUCUCCUUGAACAAGGGAAUUGCAAGAAGAAGCCAGGGGUGGUUCUAUGCAGCAGCAGCACUGGGAUUUCUGUUGCAAGUGGGCGUGCUGAUAUAUUCUGCUAUAACCGUUUUCUCAUAUCCGAGUCAUUUUUUGAAAGAUGGCAGCCCAGUUGUUGAUUAUGCUUUCCCAUUAUUCUUCUCGGGUACCAUGCUGCUCAGCAUUGGAAUGUUCUUCUGCGCUUUCCUCAUCCAACGCUCCUCGGCCAAAUGCUACAUCCGCCCUACCGUCCCCAGCAAAAUAUACUGGCUGCAGCCAGGAGACCAAGAUGUCGGAGACCAAACCUUCGGUGCUUAUUUGGCUGUCAACGAAGGGUCUGGCGGGGGGGCUAGCAAAGACCUCCUGUACAUCAAAUCAGUCAGGAGUCCCAUUAGAUCUACGGAGCGGCCACUGCUGGCGCUCGCGGUGACCACGGCUGUCGUUGGCUUUGUGACCCAGUUUGUGGGCUUCCGCGGGCUUCAUGCAUCGGUGAUUCUUGCACAGGUGGGCUCGACCUUUCUAAUGUCAAUCGUGAGAGCCUCCCUCCGGACCAAAAGAUCCGAAUCAAAUGAAAGUCGGUUCACGGAUCGAGAGACAGGUUUAGUCUCUCAUAGAAAGCAAGAGUUAGACUGUUUUGCAUUUCACCUCGAAGGCAUUCGAACAUUUGAGUUGGUGGUCAAUGAAGUUUCUGCGUCUCCGUCGCAGGCGCAUGUCAAUCAGACUUCCGGUACGGGAUCUACCAACCAGGGAGCACAAAAGCAUAGCCCGGGGACCAGAGCUAUACAGACAAGGACACGAUUAGCUCAGCUGAUAUCUGAGGGAAGCCAUGAUGGCAUGAGGUGGGAUGACUUGCCUAUCAGGCAAAUAGCUUGCAAUCUAGCGAAAGCGAUUACAGGGACGAUGGAUUUAUUCUCGGAAUGGAAGCACAUUACCAAGGAUACCUACUCCUUCGACCUUCGGUUCCAAUGUCAAGCCCACAAUAGUGGCAACAGCAAUGCUACUAAUUCGGUCUCUGAAACUUACCCUAUCAGACUUGUUAGGUCGGAGGAGACUUUACAGUGGGAAAUCGAUAUCACUGCGCUAGAAGCAGUGCUAGGACUUUGGACAUGGUCACUGAUCAAGACCGACCCGGGAUAUCUCCAGAGUGAACUUGUCCGUGCCGUAGGACUGAAUGAAAAGGAGGCUUCAGAGGAAGAUACCGACUUACUGUUCCAUAAGUGGAUGUUUCGCCAUAUCGAAGCGCAGAUGGUUCCUGCAAAGGUAAUCAGCUUCCACAACCGACGGUUCGGUCUUCUCCUCCACACAAGUUCGAACAGCAAGAGUAUACUUGCUGUGAGAACCAACGUCGGGGUGGAAGUUACGGCUGCCCAGGAGAUCUAUAUAAAGUUCCUCCAAAGCGUCCUGCGCGAAGUCACGGACUUCGGCGGCCAUGUUGAGUUACGCGCAGGAUCACAGAGCGGGUAUAUGGCUUUCAGUAGUCGCCUGGAUUCACUCGCGGCGGUCUUUACAGCAGAAAGAUUGGGUCUCACUGAAGACGCCUUGCUGUGCAUUGUACCAACUUUGAAGCAUCAUAGUCUCUUGCCAAGGUUGGCAGGAGACUCAGAAGGGGUGCAACACUAUAUCCAUAACAACAUCGUUGCCCAAAAGUGGACAGAAGCUUUUGCCGCCCUACACUGGCUGUGUGAGCGUUGUGAUGGAGUCGAGUUCGAACAUACGUUACACGAGCUAGGCUAUCUGUGCCGCCGGGCUAUGGUGCACUUUGACUCGAAGACACAGGCGGAGGGCUUCCAGAAUGUUGUUCGUUUGCUAGAACGAGACCCCAGAGCAAACCUCCGAGCUCGUCUGAGGAGCUCGCGCUCAGAUAGUUGGUUGGACGUCAGCAGACGCCCUGAGCGCUGGAAAGCCAUCUCGCUUCAGCUCGGGUGGCUAGCAUGGCACACAGCCGAAAGAUACCGCGACAAAGACGCCGUCCAAAGCGCACUCAGCGCUCUCGGGAUCUCAAGCGAUAGCCUGCCCAUCUCAAGAGCAUCCGACCAGGACGAAGAGGCCAGCACCGGCUCGCAGGCCGUUCUUCGGUGGUUGAUCCACGGCGACGUGUUCACCCGUGAGUUCCUCGGAGUCGAAGACCAGCUCGCGCUGGACUGGGUCGUCCACAACGAGCAUCAUGCGCUCAUGCAGUGGCUCAUCAUCCGAUGGACCGAGUGCCAGCAACAGUGCCCUGGGCUGAUCCAUCAUGUCAUCAUGUGGGCCGCCGAAAAGGGGUAUCAAGAUACCAUCAACGCCCUACGCCGACGCGGCAUCAGCCUCGACUCGAAGGAAGAGUCCGAUGACGGACUGACACCCCUGAUCAAGAUGAUCGCGACGGGGAGCCACGCGGCCGUCGAAGUGCUGCUCGACGCGGGCGCCUACAUUGACGGCCCGGAUGCCAGGGGCGCAACGCCGUUGAUGGCAGCCUGUCAUGUCGGGGAUCUCGCAAGCGUCUCGCUUCUCGUCCGCCGAGGGGCCAAUUUGAAUGCCCAAGGCCGAAACGGCCUCACUCCGCUCCUUGCGGCAACAUCUGGGGAUCACCCCGGUGUGGUCCGGCUGCUCUUGGAUCAUGGCGCCCAUGUUGACAUGGGGUAUCCGUUGCUGGUCGCGGCCUCGGAGGACCGCGUGGAGUUGAUGAAGGUGUUGUUGGAAGGUGGCGCAGAUGUGGAUGUACAGACGGAGGACGGCUGUACUGCCCUGAUGCUGUCGGCUCGGAACCGGUGCACUGCAGCGAUGAAGGUCCUCCUGGAUCGUGGUGUUGACGUCCACAAACAUAUGUGGAGUGGCACCACGGCCUUGGACUGGGCGCGAGAAGUACAGCAUGCAGAGGGUGUUGAGCUGCUGGAGCAAGAAUUAAGAAAGGACUCGUAGUUCUAAAUCUAGUUUGCAUGCAUUGAGGCAUUGCCGGGUCUAUGCAUAUUCGAGUAAAAUGGAAUGCUGCCUAGCAAAUUCAUUGGAGAUUAUGAUACUG